CUGUUUUUACCAAAGUUUGGGUUGCAAGAUAUUUUGGCCACAGAAAAGCAAUCCACCAUUCCGUCGAGCACCCUCUUCCAUUUCUGCUCUUACUGUUUUUCUACAUGAUCGGGAAAUGGCGAACAGCAUGUGCUCCUACCCGUGGGAGAUCCCCUCAGCUGUAAAGCUCAGGCACUUCUCAAGUUGUAUUCGGGGUUUCAAGCAAUAUCCAUCAUGCAUGAGAUCAUUUAGUGAGAAAAAGUUUGAGCACGCUCCAAUAUCGUUAUCUUAUGGAUUGAGUGAUUCUAAGAAUAAGAUCAGAUGGGGAAUGAUUGUUGCUAGGAAUUAUGGUAAGAACGUUGCUGAUGAACCAAGCAGUUCAGAAUCUGUUACCACUGAAAACACAACUUCAAAUGACCAGUUUUUAUCAUCUGAAGGCAUGGAAGAAACUCCACCUCAAAUGCCAAAACCAAUUCUGAAGAGAGCACCUCUGACAGCAAGGGAGAAGCUCAGAGCUGCAAGGGUUCUCUCAAAAUAUACUGAAUCAAAGCCCAUAAAACCAGCAAUGGGAAGCAAAGUUCUGGAUGCUUUAAGAGAGACAGACAAAGGCAAGAAGCGCUCCGGCCUCCCUGAAGCUCCCACAAACUUGUUUGAUGACAGCAAUCGUGGAUUAUCGAAGGAAGGCUGGAAAUUUCAGCUUCCUGGGGGCAAUGAUCUCUUCGUUGUUGCCUUCUCCUUUGUCUUCAUCAGUACUGUAAUGUUUGCAACGACUUAUCUUGUCUGGAAAGUCGGUGCAAUACAUUUUAAUGAAUUCUAAGGUGGCAGAGGAAUGAAAGGCUACCAAACGUCUCUCAGAAUGUGCGGAUAGGCCACUGAAAGUUACAGGAAAAGUAUGAAAUUGUAAUACUCUUUGUGCUGCAUAGCCUGCAUGGUCAUGAUUUUUUGCUUGUAGAAUUUCUGGUGAGUUGUAGACUCAUAACUCUUUGUAUUUAUUAUUAUUCUCAUAAUCAAAUCGUAGCCUGCAUGGCCUUUUAUUCUCAUAA